GCUCGAUAGAAAAAGCACCUACUCAACUUCAGCCAUCUUGUUUAUGGAAAGAGAGAUCUUCCAUGCAAGAUGUCUGGGUUUUUGGAUGAUGAAGCAGAUGUUUCAGAUGUUAGUUCAGAAGAUGGAAAUGCAAGUGGUAGUGGAGGGUCAGUAGCUGGAUCAGUGAGAGCAAGAUCCAGGCCAAAAUCAGGUUCAAGGUCCAGGUCCGGCUCCAGGUCUGGGUCGGGAUCAAGAUCGGGAUCAGGAUCAAGAUCCAGGUCAAGAUCUAGGUCUGGCUCCAGGUCUGGGUCUGGCUCCAGAUCUGGGUCAGGCUCAAGGUCUAGAUCGGGCUCCAGGUCAAGAUCGGGCUCAAGGUCAAGGUCUGGCUCAAGGUCAAGGUCUGGCUCAAGGUCAAGGUCUGGCUCUAGGUCAGGAUCAGGGUCACCAGCUAGGUCAGGAUCAGGGUCACCAGCUAGGUCAAGAUCAGGAUCUGGUUCAGGUUCUGGCUCAGAAAUAGGACAGCGAAAGAAAAAGAAGAAAAAGAAAGUAAAGAAAUUGAAAAAGAAAAAGAGCAAACAUAUUGCAAUUGAGGAUGAUGACGAUGAUGACGAAGAUGAGGAAGAAGAAGAUGACGAGGAAAGAAUACGAGAGGAAAUGAAAGAUCUGAUUAAUGAUGAAAUUGAAGAAGAAGACGAAAGUGGCGAUGAAAGUGAAAGUGGAAAGAGGAAACAUGAGGACGACUCUGAAAUUGAUGACCAGCUGGACGAUGAUGAUCUUGACCUCAUUCAAGAAAACUUGGGAAUCCGUAUUAAAAAGACGAAAAAGCUAAAGCGUAUUCGGAUGAUGUCAGAUGAUGAGGAGAGUGACAAAGAAGAAGAGAAAGACCGUAAUGCUAUUGCAGAGGAACUGUUCGAACAUGGCGAGGGAGAAGAAGGGGAGGAAAUGGAGGAAGCUUCUGAGCGCCCAGAAACCACAGAGUACCAAGACUUAGAGGAAUCUGAAGAUGAAGAUGACAUGGAUAAUUUCAUCGUCAAUGAGGAUGGAGAACCGGUUAAAAAGGCCAAGAAAAAGAGACACAUCAUCCAUACAGAUGCAGCUCUACAAGAAGCACAGGAUAUUUUUGGGGUCGAUUUUGAUUUUGAGGAAUUCGACGAGUAUGCUGAAGGAGAGGAGGAGGAAGAAGAAGAGUUUGAAGAAGAUGAGUACAUGGAAGAGGAGGGAGAAGAUGGAGUCGCUCGCCCAAGGACGAAAAAAGUUGGACGGAAGAAGGGAAAGAAGAAGGGCAUUUUUGAUGUGUAUGAGCCAACAGAAUUGGAGCGUGGAUUCUUCACCGACAAAGAUCAGGAAAUACGAACUAAGGACAUGCCAGAACGAUUCCAGUUACGCCAGAUCGCUGUACGUCCCCUGGAGGACGGAGAAUUAGAGGAGGAAGCUGAGUGGAUAUAUAAGCAGGCCUUUACCACCCCCACUAUGUCUCAACAGAAUCUAUUGGAACAGGAAAGUCAUGGAAACUUUGGCCGACGCCCACCCAGCAUGGUCAACAAAAUCAGGGAAGCUAUCAACUUCAUGAGGGACCAGCACCUCGAGGUGCCCUUCAUUGCCUUCUAUCGAAAAGAGUAUGUAGAGUCUGAUCUCAACAUCAAUGACUUGUGGAAAAUCUGGCAGUUUGAUGAAAAGUGGACACAACUUAGGACCAGGAAGACCAACAUGGUCCGUCUAUUUGAGAAGAUGCAGAAUUACCAGUUUGAGGAGAACGCUGACCCAGAAAAGGUCUUGGAGUCUAACGUGAGAGCCCUGACGGAGGAAGAUAUAGACAGGAUCAAACAAGUUCAAACCAUUGAGGAGCUGAGGGACGUCUAUCAGCACUUCGUUUUGUAUUACGGACCUGACAUCCCGAAGAUGAGGAACGCAGAGAAAACAAAAGCUCGUAAUGAAGAGAACAGUGAACACCCUGAAAAUGAAGAUCCCCCCGAGCAACAGGAAAUGAUAAAGCAGGCCUCGCGUAAAAGUGGCUAUACCAUCUGCCAACAAAACAAACUAGAUGACAUUGCCCAGAAAUUUGGUUUGUCUCCUGAGCAGUUUGGCGAGAAUCUUCGUGACAACUACCAGCGUCAUGAUGUAGAACAGUACCCGCUGGAGCCCCUCGAGGUCGCCAAGGAGUUGGUUUGCAGUCAGUUCCCAACAGAUGAGGAAGUGUUGCUUGGUGCACGCCAUAUGGUCGCCAUGCAAAUUUGCCAUGAUCCCCUUGUGCGACAGUGUGUUCGACAAACAUAUUUUGAACGUGCAAAAAUCAAUGUUGUCCCAUCUAAGAAAGGCAUCAAGGAGAUCGACGAGGCCCAUCCUUGUUAUGCCAUGAAGUACCUCAAGAACAAACCCGUCAAGGACCUAAAGGAUGAAAUGUUCAUCAAGCUCUCUCAGGGAGAAGAGGACGGACUCCUGACUAUCACAAUUUUUAUUGAUGAUAUGGCAGAGGGUUCCCAGACCUACUUUGAGGAAGUUCGCCAACUGUUCUACAGGGAUGAAUUUAGUCACCUGGUACAACAGUGGAAUCUUCAGAGGAGCCAAGCUCUGGAGCGAGCCCUCACUAAGCUCCUUUACCCUCAGAUGGAGAAGGAGCUCAGAGCCAAGCUCAUUGCUGAAGCAAAGGAAGGAAUACUCAAAGCUUGCUGUCGUAAGUUAUACAACUGGCUAAAAGUAGCACCCUACCAGGCGGAUCAACAACUUGAGGACGACUACGAUGACGAUGAGAAGGAAGUUCUUCGUGUCUUAGGUCUCUCCUUCAUCACCGCGAGAGACACACCUGGUUUUGGUGCUCUGAUUGAUGGAGAAGGCCAGGUUACAGACUUCAUUCGAAUGCCAUACCUGACGAAGCGACGCAAUGCUUGGAGACAAGUGGACAAGGAUGGCAAGGCACAAGAUCUGGAAAAAAUCAAAGAUUUUAUUGCCACUAAGAAACCGCAUGUGGUGGCUGUGUCAGCAGAGUCAAGGAAACUUGAUGGCCUGGAUGUGAGUACACAGGGGUCUGACUGUGGUAGGAAACUUGAUGGCCUGGAUGUGAGUACACAGGGGUCUGACUGUGGUAGGAAACUUGAUGGCCUGGAUGUGAGUACACAGGGGUCUGACUGUGGUAGGAAACUUGAUGGCCUGGAUGUGAGUACACAGGGGUCUGACUGUGGUAGGAAACUUGAUGGCCAGGAUGUUAGUACACAGGGGUCUGACUGUGGUAGGAAACUUGAUGGCCUGGAUGUGAGUACACAGGGGUCUGACUGUGGUAGGAAACUUGAUGGCCUGGAUGUGAGUACACAGGGGUCUGACUGUGGUAGGAAACUUGAUGGCCUGGAUGUGAGUACACAGGGGUCUGACUGUGGUAGGAAACUUGAUGGCCAGGAUGUGAGUACACAUGGGUCUGACUGUGGUAGGAAACUUGAUGGCCAGGAUGUGAGUACACAGGGGUCUGAAUGUUGUAGGAAACUUGAUGGCCAGGAUGUGAGAAAACAGGGUCUGAAUGUGAUUGAGUUCCGUGACUAUCCGGUGGUACUGCGACACGCUGUUUCCAUAGCCAGGCGACUACAGGACCCGCUCAUUGAGUUUGCCCAGCUGUGUAAUGUGGAUGAGGACAUUCUAUGUCUCAAAUACCACCCCAUGCAGGAUCAGAUUCCUAAAGAUGAUUUGUUAAAUGCGCUGUCACUGGAGUUUGUGAACAGAGUCAAUGAGGUUGGGGUGGACAUCAACCGAGCCAUCGCUAACAGUCACACGGCACCCCUUGUACAGUUUGUGUGUGGACUAGGACCUAGGAAGGCAUCACAACUCCUCAAGAUUUUGAAGCAAGCCAACAUUCGCCUAGAAAACAGGACACAGCUGGUGGAGGUGUGUCACAUGGGGCCCAAUGUCUUCAUCAACUGUGCUGGCUUCAUAAAGAUUGACACCAGUAGUCUGGGCGAUAGCACGGAUGCAUACAUUGAAGUGUUGGAUGGCUCGCGUGUCCAUCCAGAGAACUACGAGUGGGCCAGAAAGAUGGCUGUUGACGCGCUGGAGUAUGACGAUACGGCUGAGGAUGCCAACCCCGCCGGAGCACUCGAGGAAAUCCUGGAGUCUCCAGAGCGUCUGAAGGACCUCGAUCUUGAUGCAUUUGCAGAAGAGCUUGAACGACAGGGAUAUGGUGACAAACACAUCACACUUUAUGACAUCAGGGCCGAGUUAAAUCACCGGUACAAGGAUCUGAGAACGCCCUACCGAUCACCGUUAAACGAGGAGCGCUUCAACAUGAUUACCAAGGAAACACCAGAGACGUUCUAUGUCGGUAAACUGAUUUUGACAACUGUGGCGGGAAUUGCUCAUCGACGACCCCGUGGAGACCAGUUGGACCAAGCAAACCCCGUCCGGGACCAGGAAACAGGGCUCUGGAAAUGUCCCUUCUGUAACAAAGACGAUUUCCCAGAACUGAGCGAGGUGUGGAGUCAUUUUGACGCGGGAAGCUGUCCAGGCUCGGCUGUUGGUGUGAGAACUAGGCUGGACAAUGGAGUGACCGGUUUCAUCCACACCAAGAACAUAAGUGACAAAAUGGUCAAGAAUCCGGAGGAUCGAGUCAAAGUUGGAAUGACUAUUCAUAGCCGUAUCACAAAAAUCGAUAUUGACCGCUUCCAGGUGGAUCUAACAUGUAAAUCUUCAGACCUUAUGGAUAAAGAUGGAAACUGGAAGCCACCUAAAGAUCUGUACUACGACCAGGAUCUAGAGAAGGAAAGUGCUGAAAAAGAGGAAGAGAAGCGCAAACAACAGGCGCGACAGAGUAGGUGUCUCUUGUCAAAUAAAACUAAGGACAGAGAAUUAACAGGCGUGACAGAGCCACCUAAAGAUCUGUACUACGACCAGGAUCUAGAGAAGGAAAGUGCUGAAAAAGAGGAAGAGAAGCGCAAACAACAGGCGCGACAGAGUAUGUGUCUCUUGUCAAAUAAAACUAAGGCCGGAGAAUUAACAGGGUCGACAGAGCCCCCUAAAGAUCUGUACUACGACCAGGAUCUAGAGAAGGAAAGUGCUGAAAAAGAGGAAGAGAAGCGCAAACAACAGGCGCGACAGACAUAUACAAAGCGAGUUAUUGCUCACCCGUCGUUCCAUAACAUCGGUUAUAAGGAGUGCGAGAAGCUCCUCAGUGACAUGGAUCAAGGGGAGGCAAUCAUCAGACCUAGUAGCAAGGGUUCAGAUCAUCUGACAGUGACAUGGAAGGUUGGCGAGGGAGCCAUGCAGCACAUAGAUGUGAAGGAGAGGGGCAAGGAAAAUGCUUUCAGUCUGGGAACCACUCUCGUCAUUGGUAAUGAGGAGUUUGAAGAUCUUGACGAAAUUCUCGCCCGUCAUAUCCAACCAAUGGCAGCCCUUGCCAGGGACAUCAUGAACUUUAAGUACCACAAGGAGUUUGAGAGUGGGAAACGUGAAACCUUAGAUAAAAUUCUGUUAGAGGAGAAAAAAAAGGGUCCUUCAAGGAUUCCUUAUUACCUGAGCCUGUCUAAACAGUACCCUGGAAAGUAUACCAUAUCCUACAUGCCACGUACGAAGGCUCGCCAUGAGUUUAUAACCCUGUUGCCAGAUGGACUGCGAUACCGACAGCAAACUUUCCAUUCCCUGAAUUCACUGAUUCGCUGGUUUAAGGAACAUUUCAGAGACCCAAUACCAGGUACCCCUGCUAGUGCUCGAACCCCCAUGGUGUCAUCCAACUACGCCACACCAAGUAUCAACCUGCAAGGUGUGGAUGCUGCUACCAUCCAGAGAGCCGCCGCAGGAUUGCCUAGCAAUAUCUACAAUACGCUCGCCCAGGUGGCAGGCGCGGCCACGCCUCGUAUCCCACGAACCACGCCGGGUGCCACUCCACAGUUCGGCUCUGCCCUGCAUGGCGCAGGAUUCAAUAUACCCCUGGGAACUACACCUCUUAUGACCCCCAUGAUGACCCCACAACACCACAUAACUACUCCACAAGUGCUCAACACGCCCUCCUACCAGCCAACACCCCGUGCUGCAGUCACGCCUGUGUGGCCAGGUGCUACUCCUCGGGCUACUCCCCGCAGUAUGGGAACACCAUCGCAUCCUUCCCAGCAGUCACAGAGGCCCGCACCUAGCUCCACGCAAGAGUGGGCUAAACCAGGAACCGAUUGGGCCAAGGCUGCGGCCAUGUGGGCCAAGGGACGACAAAAACCCAGCACACCCCGCUCAGGACAGAGUCCAGCGGUACGAGCCAGUCCAAUGGAACAGGGCGACUCCACACCUCUCAUUGACGAGCGAUGAGGCAGCAAAAGUUGAUACUUCAGUGUAUGUGAAACUGCUUAUGCAGUGGUGCAAAUUUUGUACCAAACUGGAAAGUUGUAUAAGGCUUAAGGUUGGUUUAAUAUGUGUGGGAGCUACCAGCCUAGCUAGAAGGGUCAGAAUCAGGAAAAAAAGGACAAGACCAGAAAAAAUAUCUUCGAAAAAUUUGUGUCAGUUUUGUGGCAAAUUCUUCAGAUGAAUAUUUUCUGUUAUGCCACAAUAUGUUCAAAAUGAGAAAAUGUUCCUAUCAUUGGACAUCAGACAAAAUGUGGGAAAGUUUUGGCUGGAUUCCGGUUAGAUAGUUGGCUCAAAACAGACAAUGUGAGUUACGCCUGAAGACAUUUGGACCUAUCUCGCAUGAGCUUGGACUUAGUAAACUCAAAUAUUUUUCAAAUAUUUUUGUUAGUGAUUUUAAUCACAUCCUCACUUAUAUAAAGUAAUAUGGUCUUGUUGGAUGCUCAGGUUAAAAGACCUUGAGCGAAAAUGGUAAAAUCACACAGGAUUUCUUCUGAAUAACUACACACAAAUGACUUAAUAUACCAUUCAGGAAGAACUCGGACAAUGCGUAGAUUUUGUCAGAGGAAGGAUUUCAGCAUCCUCAAUAUCCAGGGGUUACGCUCACUUUCGCUCUCUACACCCCUGGAAUAUGUCAUUGCAAAAUUGAAGGCA